AUGUCUGGCGAGGUUGCACCUGUCGCGUUCUUCUACUUUGGCCACCAGGAUCAGUCUACUCAAAGUACGCCGGCAGUUCUAUGCUCUAUUCUUAGACAACUUCUCGAGAAGCUACCGGCAAUCCCGACUUCCGUGACUGAACUCUUCGAGAAGAGCGGCCACAUAAGCCAAAUGCCUCUCCACCAAUGCGAAAGACUGCUUACUGAUCUCACUUCAGGCCUGAGGUGUGCUUAUCUAGUUUUCGAUGGACUUGACGAAUCGGAACAUCGGAAAUCGUUCCUUCAAAGCAUUCAGAAUGUGGUUCGAUGUCGCCAAGUCCGUUUGCUGGUCACAAGUCGGCCUCAUAUCCGUGACCUCACAGAUCUUUUCCAGCAGCAUCCGAAUCUUAUGAUCGAGGCCCACGAGGAAGACAUCAAGACCUACCUCUACCAGGAGCUCGAUCAAGGAGGAAUAUAUGACAUCGCAGAUCACGGCUUUGUGAACAGACUAGUUCAGAAGCUGGUGCAAGGGGCAGAGGGAAUGUUUCUUCUCACAGUUCUACGGGUGCGGACCAUUCUCAAGGAGCCAACUCUUGGUGAGAUGGAGGACAGAGUAGCAGACCUGUCCCAUAGCCUCAACGACGCAUUUGCAGAUACCAUUUCCCGCAUCCAAAAGCUCUCUGAGAGCCGCAGCCGACUCGGAAUGGGUGCUCUCAUGUGGCUUAGUCAAACAGCUCGGGCAUUGACGGAAUCUGAACUCAGCGAUGCCUUAGCUAUCCGCAGCGCGCAGAAUGCUGUCAACGUCAAGUAUCGCCCAGCUACCAAGACUAUUCUCGAAUGCUGCCAAGGUCUUGCGACCGUAGACGUGGAGGGUUAUGUACGCCUUGCACAUUACGCAAUUCAAGAGUACUUAGGAGACCAUUUGGAGGAACUCUUUCCUCGAGCCGAAGCCACGAUUGCGGUGACUUGCCUUCGCUACCUUGUCUUUGAGAACUUCCAGGACGGGCCAUGGCAAAAUGAGGACGAUAUCGAGUCUAGAAUGGAACUGUACCCCUUUCUCCCCUGGGCCGCCAGGUACUGGGGACAAUUCGCCCGACGGACCGAAACCGAUGCGGAGGUAUGGUCCACCUUGUUGGCCUUCUUCUCCUCCUCGGCCGCCACGGCCGUGGCGAACCAGGUACGGCAGUACUCGAUGGGCUACAACCGCAAUUAUUGGAAUGCAGCCGAGUGUAGCAGUUUCUCGGCGCUCCACCAUGCGUCGCGCCACGGGCUCGAGCGGGCAAUCAAUCGGCUUCUUGACAGCGGCGCCUACGACGUCAACGAGCUGACGCAGAGAGGCGCCACGCCCGUGAUCCACGCCGCAGCGGGCGGACACGUGUUGACAACCCGGGGCCUGCUAGCUCGCGGCGCCAAUCCGCACCUGCGGAACUGGUACGGCGACGCGCUGCACUGUGCCGUCGAGUCGGGCAAGACGGCCACCGUGCGCGAGCUGGUCCGCUGGGGCAUGGACCCUAAUGGCGGCAGGUACCUCGCCAGUGCGCUGGACGGCGACUCGGCCGACGCGUUUGCCGCGCUCGUCGAGCUCGGUGCCGAUAUUGAAACGCAGAGCGCGUUCGAGGUCCGCCAUCUCUUCUUCACCGCGGCACUCUGGGGCUGCUACAAGAUCGUCACACUUAUGCUGCGUCGAGGAUGGGUCGACAUUGAGAUGAGAAACCCCGGGGGACUAACAGCAAUGCACUGUGCCGCUACGGCCGCGAAUUCGAUGACGGUGAUCAGACUCCUUGACGCUGGGGCCAAUAUCAAUGCGGUGGAUAACAAGGAACGUACGGCUCUGGAUUACGCGGAAGCUGAGGGCAACAGGACCAUGGUGAGACUGUUGCUAGACUUAGGGGCCACGCAUUCGCAUCUACGCCGGGUCCCGGAUCCUCAGGCCUAG